AGAUUAGGUACGUGAUACCAUUGCUUCAUCAUAAUCUUACCUACCUUCUUCGCGAUAGAAAAUCAUAUGGACCCCCCCCUAAAAUUCUUCAAAUUCUGAAUGCGGAUGGUAAUACUUCAUUAUGCACUAACGGACACCUUUGAGAAGCUCUAUUGAUCAUGGCACAGCGGAAUGAAGAAAAGUUUCAGCGAGCUCUUACUCGAUUCAAACAAUCGCUUACUCCAGACCUUGCUAAGGAAUUUUCUAUAUCUUCGUUGGCAGACGUAAAACAAGUAUGUACGGAAAUUCAGCAGAAGCAUGGAUGCGACGGCAAAUUACGAUAUAUGGGACGACUCAGGGGUUUCAUCGAGGCGAUGGAACAAUUUGGUAAAGUAAUCGAAGUAUUUUUGAAUACGAGCGAAAUUCUUUGCUUCCUGUGGGGACCUAUGAAAUUCCUACUUAUCACCGCCAGCACACAUAUCAACUCCUUCGACAAACUACUUGAUGCAUAUGUUCAAGUCGGGAAUGCUAUUCCUGGCCUUCAACGCUACGAGGCAACGUUCGCAGAACAUCCUCCCCUCGCCACCGUUCUUGAAGACUAUUACUCAGACAUCCUGGAGUUUCAUCGCAUUUCACUUGCUAUCUUCAAAAGGCCUAGAUGGAAAGACAUGUACCAUUCGGUAUGGAAAACCUUCGAUAGUAACCUAAGCCCCAUUCUCCAUAGUUUGGGCAAGCGGCGAGAGCUAUUAGAAAGCGAGAAAAGCUCAGCGGUCCUCUACGAGAUCCAACGGCUACGCAAAGACCAUUCUGUUUUGCAAACGGAAUACCGACAGCAAAUUGAUGAAGAACGUCUUCAUAAGCACAAGACACAGAUAGCUAAGAUUAGGGAAAGGCUAGAUGCUCCAAACUACGAAAUAGACCAAGAGAUGGCCGCAGAAAAUACGCUUAUUGACGAUUCGGGCAAGUGGUUGUUCGAAAGCAAUGAGUUCCAGACAUGGUAUACCGAUGGUUCGGGGCAUAGGAUCUUGUAUCUCAACGGAAUUCCAGGUGCCGGUAAAACAACCCUUGUCUCUGCGGUUGUCAGGAAGCUUCUUGAUGAACGAAAUCCUGCGACGAUUAAUCACUCUAUCGUCUACUUCUACUUCAAGCACCUACAGCCGACUAAACAGUCACAUAACAGUCUUCUCCGCAGCGUUUUAGAUCAACUCAUCAGCCAGGACUCCACGAUUUUAGAUCACUUAUUCAACAGAAUUUUGGCAAUAGAUCCGACAUCUCUACGACUAACGAAGACAUUAGAAGGGUUUGUUAAGGAAGCCCUGGGGAGCCACCAAGCCACCUACAUUGUGAUUGACGGUCUUGACGAAAGUGCUCCCAAAGAGGCUGCGAGAUCAGUGGAAUGGCUCUUAUCACUACUCAAAGGGUCUUCAGAUACUACCACCACUACCUCGCUGCGCGUACUGUUCUCCGGUCAACGAGACGGCAUUCUAGAUAACCUUUUAGCCGACGAACCAUCUAUCACUUUGGAAAACACAGAUCACGCUGAAGAUAUCAAGAGCUACUGCUCAUAUAUUUGCGAACGUAUAGGGAAAAAGUUCAACAUUUCACAACAGCUUCAAGAAGAAAUCUGCCACCGUGUCGCGGAGGGCGCAAAAGGCAUGUUCCUCUACGCCCGUGUGGUCUUGGACAACUUAUUAAGUCAAACAAGACUCUCAAGUUUAAAGGCUGAAAUACAACCAGGCACGUUUCCAGAAGGGAUCGAAAAAGCCUAUGAAAGAGUAGCUGCUCGAGUUUUCAAAGAGUCCUCUUCUUCCGAGCGUGAGGACGCAAAGAAGAUAUUGGGCUGGAUUACUUGUGCUGGACGACUCCUCCGAUGGCGUGAGAUCCAAUCGAACUUUUGUAUCGCACCGAAGAAGGGAGUUGUUGAAUAUGAAGAAGGAAAGCUUAGAGUCACUUGCAAGGAACUAUGCAGUUCCCUCGUCGAUGUGCACAGUGGAGGUGACAAAGGGGAUAACCCCGAUGAUAUUGUCAAAAUUGUUCAUGAAACUGCCCGAGAAUACCUUAUUCGGAACAGUUGGAUUGAUGUCAACCAUGCGCACGCCACCCUUGCAUUAUUCUGUUCAACAUAUCUGACAUCGGAUCCAUUUCAAUGUAACUGCGACGAGAAAACAAUUUAUGACAAUGCAGUCGCAGGGUAUUAUGCUCUCCAAGACUAUGCCGUCCAGUAUUGGUUCUAUCAUCUCAACGAAUGCAUUAAGUUAAGCAGAACGUUGGACAUAGCUCUAUGGAAGGAAGUCGUGAGCUCGGCAAGAGACUUUCUUGGUUCAUAUGGCACCUUCGUGGACACUGGAAAGCAUGAUACGGGCGACAAUGAGGGAGUAAUCAACGCCCUCAACAACCUUCCUCAAGAUGACAUGGAAAGAAACACACAUUUCAAUAUUGAACUUCGGACUAUACGCAUUCGAAAGGUACUCGAGUCAGUCAAGAGCGAGAAUCUAGAAGGCAUGACCCGGGAGAUACUAAAGAAUCUUCACGGGCCAACAAAGAUAUAUAAGUGUUCGAAACCAUGGUGUGAAUUAUUCACAACUGGAUAUGAAGAAAUCGAAGACUGCAAACUGCAUCUCAACCGCCAUGAUCUUCCCUUUUGCUGCACUUUCGAGGAAUGUCCUGCGCAUUCAGUUGGAUUUGAUACUCUGUCAAAACUAAACCAACAUGUGGGGAGUUAUCAUCAAGAGGCUAGCAAUGAAUUGGAAUUUCCUAAAGUCCGCUCCAAGAAGGACCCAACAUUUCAUCAAGCCAUUAUUCAAGGUGAUAUAACCGCAAUCCAGACAAUGCUGCAUUCCGGGAUGAGCAUCAAUCAUCCCCGCGCCUGGAAAUAUCAAAAUGGCGGGUCACUUCACACGGCGAUAGAAUAUGGCCAGAUUGAGGUUUGCAAACUACUGUUGGAGAAUGGUGCUGAUAUUAAUUACAGGUUGGGUGACCAUGGAAGAACACCACUACACACUGCGGUAAAGAGCGAGAGACUUGAAAUUGUUCACUUAUUGCUCCGACAAGAACAAUGCCUACCAGACAAAUACGAUAAGGCAGGUGUGUCACCAUUUCAAUACGCUUGUAGAGAAGGCAAUUUGGCCAUUGCCAAAAUGCUUUUUGAAACAGGGAAGAUUGACGUCGAGAAAUCAAGAGCCAUUCGUUCGGCCAUUGAACGAGGCCAUUUUCGAGUCGUUCAAUAUCUUUUAGCGGAAACUCAGGUUGGACCAGUGACUAAGGACGACCUGCUAGCUGCUGUUAUGUGUGGUCACAAAUCCAUUGCUAACAUGUUGUUACCUGCAAUUGCGAGUUCACCACAAGGUCGCGUACUGGGUAAUCCAUACAUGACUGGGUUUCCUCCUAACUGCGUAAGGUUAGAGAGCGACUGGCUCGUAAUAUAUAACCAAUAUGCUCCCCAUCGUCUACCCAGACUCGACUUGGUUUACACGUUCUGUGUCCCCGAGGACAUACUUAAAAUAGUAUUCAGUUACUGUUUUAAAUACGUCGUCUUUGGUAUUGGAGAAGAUGUGCUUCAGAUUUACGAUAUUGUCUCAAUGAAGCAAGUCGGUCAAUGUGAAGCAGAUAUGUUUCCAACAAAAGCGUUUCUGAGUUCUGACGGUAGACGGCUCGUGGCAAAAGUAAUGACAAACGAAGCUUAUGUCUGGGAUAUAAUUAAUGGAUCGCCUGACGCCAAACUACAACUAGGAUCCUUUGUGAUGUCGGUCUAUUUCGCUGGGGACGGGCGCACACUCAUUGCACAUGUCGGCCAUGGUAUUCAUGUCAUGAAAGUCGAAAAUGGCCAUCUAUAUCAUGAAAGGACAAUCGCGGUAAAAGCUCCUCCUACCGUGCUUGUAUUCUCUCCUGAUGGUAGGUACAUCGUUGCGGGAACUACAGAUGGCACAAUUUGCGUCUGGGAAACAGCGUCUGGGAACUUCUUGGAAAGGUUCGCGGUAACAGAAGCUGUGCCGAAUUCGAUUGAAAACAUCUGGUUCAUUCAAAAUAAUGAAAAUAUUAUGAUUUGCCGCACAUCCGUACACAUUCAACUUUAUGAGCUUUCGGGAUCUAAUACGGGCCGAGGUAUUCAAGCAAUGAAGAAAGUUGAUGGAAGCAGCUGGAUAAUAAAUCUUGGCGGUAGGACAUAUUUCAAACCGAAAAAUAUAUGGAGAAUUUCCGAUCUUGAUGAACUUCGACAUGGUUCUCUCACAUAUUUCGCCCAACAGUGUCGUCCCCUCACAUUCGAUUUCAAUUGGUUGCUGUCAUCAUUCGAAGGUCACAGCGUGGAGUUCGUGGAUGCGCAUAAUAGCAUGUCGCGACUCGUCCUGCAACUUCCUAAAGACGAAAAGAAUUCCAUCAUGGUGAGCCCAACUCAGCCUCUGUUUAUUACCUACAGCAGGAGAAAGCUUCGCCUCUGGUCAUAUACCUCGGAAAGUGGGAGAUUACACCAACCCUCAGAACAAAUCAGUUAGAGUUGAGAUUAUAUUUGGCAGCCAAAAUGGGCGGAAAUUCUUGAAGCAGGGGUUAGAGCACCGUGUUGACAUGAAAUUUCUUUAACGCUUUCAUGAACUCCAAAAGUCACACCCUACUA